GAUACAUCUGUAAUUUCAAUCCUGUGGGAAUGUUCGCAAGUUGGCGUUGGAAGAAGGACGUCCACCAAAUAAAGCCGCCGCGGUCGCCACCAAACCAUCGUCGGCGGAUCCGUUCCUCGUAUUCAUCGCUCUCUUCGAGGGUCAGGUUGGCGGCGUAGUGGGGGAUGGAUGCGUGGACGAGCGUGGUGGGAGGGAGAUGAGAGGGAGGGCAAGAUGCGAACGAUCUGCGACGUCUGCGAGAACGCCCCGGCUAUCCUGUUCUGUGCCGCCGACGAGGCUGCCCUGUGCCGGCCCUGCGAUGAGAAGGUUCACAUGUGUAACAAACUUGCUAGCCGGCAUGUACGAGUAGGACUUGCUGACCCUAGUGAAGUUCCUCAUUGUGACAUAUGUGAAAAUGCACCCGCCUUCUUUUAUUGUGAGAUAGAUGGAAGUUCCUUAUGCUUGCAGUGUGAUAUGGCUGUGCAUGUUGGAGGAAAGAGAACCCAUAGAAGAUAUCUAUUGCUGAGGCAAAGGGUUGAGUUUCCAGGCAGUAGAUCCAGUCAUAUGGAAGAGCUUAAAACAAAAGCCAAGGACUUUGAUGAACAUAGGAGGGAUCACAAAAUGGUGAUGACAGAGAAAAUGACUAAUCGCAAACUCUCUGCUGAUCCUGCCUUAGAUGCUACCAACAAUCAUGAUGGCAAAAUGGAUUCAAAUAUGAUUGAUCUCAACACAAGACCUGUUCGAAUUCAUGAGCAAGCUUCCAAUACACAGGCUCAGCAAAUGGAUCUUGCCAGUGAUAAUAAUCAUGACUCUCCAGGUGUGGUUCCUACUGGUCCCUUCCAGAACAGUGGGUAGAAGUGAUGCAGUAUGUUUCGAUAAUUUGCAUAUGUAAAUUUUGUUUAUUAUAUGUAGCCAUUAUUUAUGUGUGCUCCUGAAUGAAAAAGCACCCGCAUGCUCGGACAUACUAAGUCACCUAUAUUACUAUCACAAUUGCAGUGUAAUGCAUAUCCUGGGUUUCCGGGACUUCUUGUUCCUUUUGUGUACAUUUGAAGUUCUUCAAUCUGUAUAAAUGUCACUUAUCAUCA